AUAAAGGAGUUGUACAUUCAUAUUCUUAUUCUUAAGAAGUGGCAGAAUCAAUAAAGAAAGAUUUAAGACAUAUGCCUCUAGAUGACUAAAUACAUCUAGCUCCAUGCAUGUACAUCUACAGAUACCAUUACCAUUAUAUCUACAUGUACUGUUGUACAUAUAAUCUAUUUGAAAUGCUUUCCUUUGAGUAGUAGCGUAGAAAUUGAGUCCAAAGAAUUGCACCAGAAAUUUGAGUCCAGCAAUAUAAAGAAACAUCCUCUUGGGGUCGCUCCAAUCACUCAUUACUCUCUCUCUCUCUCUCUCUCAUGUCUUGCUUGAAUCUGGGGAAGAGGCUCCAGCCAGCUAAAAAGGCAUGGAAGAUGUUCACCAGCAAGCUCAAUAGGAGACUCAGGCUCCACAAGCUCAACAGGUCCGAUUCCAAAACCAUCAAGAAACCAAAAAACAGGAUCAAAACCACACGAAAAUCAGUUCCCUGGCUUACCCUAGCCUUCAAACCCCGUACCCUUCAGUGCAAAAGAACAACAAUCAAAACCACCCGAAAUCUUUACUGUCAUCACCUCCCGAAAAAAUCAGCACCAGUUUAUAUCGACGAGUUCUUCAAAGAUCCACAGAUGUCAUCGCUGAAGAACCACCUGCAGCCACCAGCAACGGCUGCAACAACCAAGGAAUCUGAGGAAGGUUGGGAGGAGAGGGGCACCAGAGCAGACGACAUGUGGGAAUCAUUGGGUUUGGCUUCACCACUGAUGCAGGGAAUAAACGAGCGAGCAGAGGAGUUUAUCACUAGAAUACGUGCAGAGAUGCAGCUUCAGGAGAUGAUUGCUCGUCGAUUGUAGCUUAUUAUCCCCAGUCUUCCUUUCUUUUUCUUGUUUAGUGUGUAAAGCAAGAACACUGGAUGUAUCGAUAAACUAGUCUGGAUAUAUAUAUAUAUAUAUAUAUAGCGAGCAGAGGAGUUUAUCACUAGAAUACGUGCAGAGAUGCAGCUUCAGGAGAUGAUUGCUCGUCGAUUGUAGCUUAUUAUCCCCAGUCUUCCUUUCUUUUUCUUGCUUAGUGUGUAAAGCAAGAACACUGGAUGUAUCGAUAAACUAGUCUGGAUAUAUAUAUAUAUGACUCAAUUUACAA